AGCGCAGCCCGAGCGGCCGAGCCCGCGGCGCAGCAGCGAGUCCCGGCGGCGGCCAGGCCCGGCCCGACCCGCGCGGCCUCCCCGCGCGCACCGCCGAGCGCCGGGCCCGGGCGCGGCCGGGGAUGCGGAGCGGCGGGCGCCGGAGGCCCCGGCCCGGCUAGGCCCGCGCCCCGCGGACGCGGCGCCCGCGGCGGUGGGCGGCCGGCUGGGCUCCUGGCGACCCCGUCCUGGAAGGAGCCCCUGGUGACGUCCGGCCACACCGGCCCGCGGAGCCGGCGCCAUGAGCGACGUGGCCAUCGUGAAGGAGGGCUGGCUGCACAAACGAGGCGAGUACAUUAAGACGUGGCGGCCACGCUACUUCCUGCUCAAGAACGACGGCACCUUCAUCGGCUACAAGGAGCGGCCGCAGGACGUGGACCAGCGCGAGGCCCCCCUCAACAACUUCUCUGUGGCCCAGUGCCAGCUGAUGAAGACGGAGCGGCCACGGCCCAACACCUUCAUCAUCCGCUGCCUGCAGUGGACGACGGUCAUCGAGCGCACCUUCCACGUAGAGACGCCCGAGGAGCGGGAGGAGUGGACGACGGCCAUCCAGACGGUGGCCGAUGGGCUCAAGAAGCAGGAGGAGGAGAUGAUGGACUUCCGGUCAGGCUCGCCCAGCGACAACUCAGGGGCCGAGGAGAUGGAGGUGGCCCUGGCCAAGCCCAAGCACCGCGUGACUAUGAACGAGUUCGAGUACCUGAAGCUGCUGGGCAAGGGCACCUUUGGGAAGGUGAUCCUGGUGAAGGAGAAAGCCACGGGCCGCUACUACGCCAUGAAGAUCCUCAAGAAGGAGGUCAUCGUGGCCAAGGACGAGGUGGCCCACACUCUCACCGAGAACCGUGUCCUCCAGAACUCCCGGCACCCCUUCCUGACGGCCCUGAAGUACUCCUUCCAGACCCACGACCGCCUCUGCUUCGUCAUGGAGUACGCCAACGGGGGCGAGCUCUUCUUCCACCUGUCUCGGGAGCGCGUGUUCUCUGAGGACCGGGCCCGGUUCUACGGUGCCGAGGUGGUGUCGGCCCUGGACUACCUGCACUCGGAGAAGAACGUGGUCUACCGGGACCUCAAGCUGGAGAACCUCAUGCUGGACAAGGACGGGCACGUCAAGAUCACGGACUUCGGGCUGUGCAAGGAGGGCAUCAAGGAUGGCGCCACCAUGAAGACCUUCUGCGGGACCCCCGAGUACCUGGCCCCCGAGGUGCUGGAGGACAACGACUACGGGCGCGCCGUGGACUGGUGGGGGCUGGGCGUGGUCAUGUACGAGAUGCUGUGCGGCCGCCUGCCCUUCUACAACCAGGACCACGAGAAGCUCUUCGAGCUCAUCCUCAUGGAGGAGAUCCGCUUCCCGCGCACGCUCAGCCCCGAGGCCAAGUCCCUGCUCUCGGGGCUGCUCAAGAAGGACCCCAAGCAGAGGCUCGGCGGGGGCUCCGAGGAUGCCAAGGAGAUCAUGCAGCACCGCUUCUUCGCCAGCGUCGUGUGGCAGGACGUGUAUGAGAAGAAGCUCAGCCCGCCCUUCAAGCCCCAGGUGGCGUCGGAGACGGACACCAGGUAUUUCGAUGAGGAAUUCACAGCCCAGAUGAUCACCAUCACCCCGCCCGACCAAGACGACAGCAUGGAGUGCGUGGACAGCGAGCGGAGGCCACACUUCCCGCAGUUCUCCUACUCGGCCAGCGGCACGGCCUGAGCGGGGUCCGCCGCGUCCCGGCGCCCCGCGCGGUCCUUCCCCGGACGCGUUUCCGAGAGGAGCCCCGAGUCCGCCCGGGGUCACCCCGGCACCAGCCAGCUGCGGAGCAAAUCGGCCCGCGGGUUUUCUUAAUUUAUUUCAUCCGGUUCGGCGGCGGCGGCCUCGGCCCCCAACAGCUAGGAUUAAUUUAGGGGGGCGUGGGGGGCUCCUGUGGCCACGCGCGGUGUGGACGGGGCGGGGGGCGCCUGCUCGCUGCCGCCCCCGCGGUCUCGGGGAACACGGGCGGAGGCUGGCGCCCGGCUGGGGGGCUGGGGGCUGGGGGCCCCGACCAGGGCUUGGCCCCGCCUGGAUGGGGAUGAGGUUCAAAGUGCAGCUGGGGGGCUGGUUUGAAUCUUAGGGGCAAGACCCCCGCCCAAGCCCUCUCCCCUCCCCGGAAUUUAUCCUCGGUAGCACUUGUUCUUUAUAGACGCUUUUAUUUGUCCAGCUGUUUGUUCCCCCAGGCCCCGCCCGGCGGGCGCCCCCCAAACCCCAACUUCCCUCUGGGGGGGGCAUCCGUGGGCCUCCUGGCCUGUGCCCCUGGCGGUUUUUUUUUUUUUUUUUUUUUACAACAUUCAGCUUUAGUAUUUUUACUAUUAUAAUAGGAAACUUUCCCUCCAAAUUCUUCAAUAAAAACUGCUUUUCAAGUU